GUAUUGGGUAAAGUGAUUUGCGAAUAACGUGAAUGAAUGAGUUGGCCUCCACUAACACACCCUGAUCUCAUUGAUUUAUUUAUUUUAUUAAUUUCUCAUUAAUUUCUUUACUUCAGUUUUGCUUCUAGCGUUGAAACAAAAGCUCAUCAUAAUCUUAUCUCUCCACUAUUCUUAUCACUUUGCUUCAUUUCCUUUGCUUCCUUCCAUUACAAAUCAGAAACCAUGGCUGAGCUUGCAGGCAUAUUUCUCUCCCCACUCCUCCAAGCGUUUUUUGAAAGGGUGACAUCUCGUGAAUUUGUUUACUUUUUUCGACGAGAAAAACUCGACCAAGCACUCUUGAACAAACUGAAGAUAGCUUUGCUGUCUGUGAAUGCUGUGUUUGAAGAUGCAGAGGAAAAGCAAGUGGUAAAUCCCAACGUAAAAGAAUGGCUCGAUGAGUUGAAAGAUACUAUCUAUGAUGCAGAGGACACCUUGGAUGAGAUUGAUACCGAAGUCAUGCGUUGCGAGUUGGAUGCUGAAUUUCAUACCACUACAAGCAAGGUACGAAAAGCCAUCUCUACUUCUCUUAAAGUACCAUUUGUCAAGAAAAUAGAACCAAAGAUAAAACAAGUGCUUGACAGAUUGGAGUAUCUUGUAAGUCAAAAGAACAAUAUGGGUCUAAAAGAAGGCGUUCAAGGAAAUCCAUCUGAAAGAUUGCCCACAACUUCUUUGGUUGAAGAAUCUGGUAUUUGUGGUAGAGAAGAUGAUAAGGAGAAAAUAAUUAAUUCCUUGUUCUCAGAUGAUGUAAGUGGCAAUAAGUUGUUUGUGAUUGCUAUUGUCGGUAUGGGAGGGCUCGGCAAGACCACCCUUGCUCAGCUUGUAUACAAUGACGAGAGCGUGAAGGAACAUUUUGACCUUAAAGCAUGGGCUUGUGUUUCGGAUGACUUUGACGUCUUUAAGGUAACAAAAGCAAUUCUAGAGGGAGUAGAUUCAUCCGCUAAUGGUGAUGGUAAGACUUUAAACUGGCUUCAAACUACACUAAAGGAGAGUUUGACGGGAAAGAAAUUUCUACUUGUUUUAGAUGAUGUUUGGAAUGAUAAUUAUAUUAAUUGGGAGGUCUUAAGUAAUCCCUUCAGAUUUGGAGCACAAGGGAGCAGAGUUUUGGUAACCACACGUGAAGAACGAGUAGCAUCGGUCAUGCAAACUACUUUACCUUACUAUCUGAAGGCAUUACCAGAAAAAGAAUGUUGGUCACUUUUUGUAAGACAUGCGUUUCGUGGCAGUAUCCAUCCAGAGCUAGAAGCAAUUGGAAGACAGAUCGUGGAAAAAUGCAAAGGUCUGCCUUUAGCAGUCAAGACAAUUGGAGCUCUCUUGUGGUCUAAAGUAGAUGCUGAUGAUUGGAAUAAAAUAUUAAAGAGCGAGGUGUGGGACAUGUCGACUGAAAUUAUUCCUGCUCUAAGAUUAAGUUAUAAAUAUUUGCCCUCACAUUUAAAGCGAUGCUUUGCUUAUUGUUCGAUAUUUCCAAAAGAUGAAUUUUUCACAAAAAAGAAAUUAGUCCUAUUGUGGAUGGCAGAAGGUUUCUUGAAAAAAUCUAAAGACAAAACAAUGGAGCAAGUCGGUCAUGAUUACUUCUCUGAUCUGGAAUCGAGAUCGUUAUUAUUUAAACAAUCAAGUCCUGUGUUUGAUCUAGAUUUUGGAACGUUUGUUUCAAGCUUCGGAAUGCAUGAUCUUGUCAACGACUUAGCAAGAUUUGUAUCUGGGCAAUUUACCUUUAGAUUGGAGGGUGGCAAUUCGCUCCAAGUUACGAACAAGACUCGUCACUUAUCAAUUGUUGAAAACAUCCCAAAGACGUUAGAGGCACUUUACAAGGCCAAGGGGUUGCGCACUUUUCUCCCAAUAAAUUCUGCUUUUUGGAAUGGAACACUCCCACAUGAUUCGUUGCCCAUGUUGAGAUUCUUACGAGUGCUUUCCUUAGUAAGGAAUAGAAAUUUAACUGAGUUGCCUGAUUCAAUUGGCAAAAUUAGACAUCUACGAUAUUUGGAUCUCUCUGAAACACGAAUUAGAAAACUACCUGAUUCUAUAUGUAAAUUGUGCAAUUUGCAAACAUUGGGAUUACAGAAUUGUCUGUAUCUUACUGCAUUGCCUAGAGAUAUGCAUAAACUCGUUAGUUUGCGUCAUCUUUUUUUAAAUGGAAGUGCCAUAACAGAGAUGCCGUUACAACUGGGUAGACUAAAAUGUCUACAGACUUUGGAUAUAUUUGUUGUCAACAAACAUUGCGGAUCAAGCAAUAUUGGGGAGUUGGGGAAGCUUGAAUAUAUUGGGGGGAAUCUCUCUAUUGAGAACCUCCAAAAUGUCAAAUCUCCUGUCUAUGCUUUGGAUGCAAGCUUGAAGGAUAAGAAGCACCUUGAGGGCUUCAGGCUGAGAUGGGACGCUACAAGUAGCAAUAUUUCAGACAGUGAUCAAAUAACUGUAUUGGAGAAUCUCCGACCCCAUACAAACUUGAAAAGUCUCAAUAUCGACAAUUAUGGUGGUAAGAGCUUUCCGAAUUGGAUCGCUCAUCAUUCGUUCUCUAAGAUAGAAUCUAUUAAUCUCUACAAUUGUAAAUAUUGCCACAUCUUGCCAUCAUUUGGACAACUACACGCUCUCGAGAGCCUCUACAUCAUUGGGUUUCAUGGAAUUGCUAGAGUGGGUAUGGAGUUCUAUGGUAGCGAUUCUUCUACGUUUAAGCCAUUCGAAGCCUUGAAAGUUCUAAAGUUUGAAGACAUGCCAGAUUGGGUAAAGUGGUUAUGUUUUGAUUCUGAAAAUGAAGGUGAAGCUUUUCCUCAUCUUGAAGAGCUUUAUAUUAUUAAGUGCCCCAAGCUAACAGGAGGGUUGCCCAUCCAUCUUCCUUCUUUAGCCAGACUUAUGAUUGUUGAAUGUUCGCAGCUGGAGGCCUCACUCCCAAGGUCUCCUACUCUACGUCAAUUGGAGUUAACAAAUUGUAAUAAGGUUCUAUUAAAUGAAUUGUCAUCUGGAUUGCGAAAACUAGUACUUAAAGGAUCUGAUGCAUUACAGUCCCUACCAGAGGGAGUGAUGGAUUCCAGCAGUCCUCUUCAAGAAUUGGAAAUCGAUGGUUGUUGCUCGCUCAUGUUACUUUCCGAUGAUGGUCUACCCUCCACAUUAGAAACUCUUAAGAUCUCACACUGUAAGAAGUUAGAAUUCCCAGUGCACUUCAACUAUUCAUCCCUCAAACUGUUGUACUUGAAAAAUAGUUGUGAUUCUCUUAGGUGCUUUCCCAUAAACUUAAUCGCAGAUAUCGAUGUUUUCACCAUCGAGGGAUGUGAGAAUCUGGAGUCUCUUACUGAUUCAGAACAACAUGAUAGUGAUUUAGCCGCCUCGAUUAUAAGAAUCAAGAAUUGCCCUAAUUUCGUAUCAUUUCCAGAUGGAGGAUUGCGUGCCCAAAAACUGAAAACAUUUGAGAUAGGUGAUUGUGGGAGUUUAAGGACGUUGCCUGACAAGAUGCACCUACUCCUUCCAUCUCUUGAGUCACUAUCUAUCAGCAAGUGUCCAAUGCUGCAAUCAUUUGGUGAAGGGGACUUGCCUACCAAUUUAAAAUCGAUUUUCAUCGAAGAUUGUGACAUAAUUGUUGCCUGUCGAACGACAUGGGGUCUGCAAAAACUCCACUCUCUUAAAAAAUUGUCAAUCCAUGGCAAAUGCGAAGAUGUGGAGUCUUUUCCAGAGCCGGCGUUGCUGCCCAUGACUAUGACCCGUCUUGCCAUCUCUAGAUUUUCAAAUAUGACAUCUCUAGACAAGAAGGGCCUUCAACACCUCACCGUUCUUGAAGACUUGUAUAUCUGUAACCUCCCAAGGCUUAAGUUCAUGCCAGAAGAGAGAUUGUUCGACUCCAUUUCUACUCUGAUCCAUCUUACCAUCGGUGAAAUUCCAAAUAUGAUAUCUUUGGACAACUUGGGCCUUCAACACCUCACGUCUUUGAAGACGAUGGAGAUCUAUGAUUGUCAUAAUCUGAAGUUCUUGCCAAAAGAUGGGUUUCCUGCCUCCAUUUCUACUCUAAAGAUCAUCAGAUGUCCACUGUUGGAGAAACAGUUGCAAAAUAAAAAAGGAAAAGAAUGGCGCAAGGUCGCUCACAUCCCUAAUAAAGUGAUUUGA